CGACAAUCGCUAACAGUUUCCUUUGUUCCCAUAGCAACCACAAGUCCGUGGUCACAAACAGACCAAGUCGUAAAGGUUUGUGUUCCCUAAACUUGUUCUUUGGCUAAAACUAUGACUUAGUCUGUUUAUCUCAACAGUAAACUUGGCUGAAUCAUAAUCUUUCAGCCAUCAUGGUGUCCCUGACUGUAGAUCUGAUCUCCAAAUCAAACCACUUUAAAAAGAAAAGGGGUGUAUCUUUCGCACAGUACCUACAGACCCUCACCCAUCUACACUUUUCCAACAAGAACAUUGAACAUAUUGGGGAUCUCUCCAUGUGUGGAAACCUCUCUGUUCUGUUCCUGUAUGAUAACAAAAUCACCCAAAUUUGCAACCUUGACUUUGCCUCCAACCUUACCCAUCUGUACAUGCAAAAGAACAACAUCACAUUUAUAGAUAAUCUGCACAACCUGCAGAAACUCUCCAAUCUGUAUCUGGGUGGGAACAGAAUUGCAGUAGUGGAGGGUCUGGAGCAGCUUGGCCAACUGAAGGAGCUUCAUCUGGAGGGCCAAAGGCUGGCGCCUGGAGAGAAGUUGCUCUUUGACUCUAGGACUCUCCUUUCUCUUGCUGAAACUCUUUCUGUACUCAAUAUAAAUAACAACAACAUUGAUGACAUCACAGACCUCUCAGUUCUGAAGAACCUCCAGCAUUUUUCUGCUGCUUUUAACAAACUGCAAAGCUUAGAAGAGAUAGAGGGUGUUCUCAGCCACUGGCCGAAGCUGAUCCAGCUGGAUCUAAGAGGAAACCCCGUCUGCAAAGAGCCGAAGUACAGAGAUCGACUAAUAACAGCGUGCAAAAACCUCGAGAUGUUUGAUGGAAGGAAAGUUAGCGAUGCAACCAGGCGCUUCCUCCUUUGGAAGAAGAGCUGUAAACACCUAGAAGAAAAAAAACAAGUACAAACAGCUUCUGCAAAUGAUCACCUGCUUUUUAACAGAUGACUUUGACAUGGGUCAUGGUCCAUUUCCUGACCACAUCUGCAGCCAGGCUAACAUGUAAAACUGGGAGCUUGGCCGUCUCUCCGGUUCAGCUACACAAGGAGAUUUUAAAUGAACAAAUUCACAAACGAAUGGAAUCGAAAGAUUGUGUGCGCUGUGAAAAAGUUAGGACGAGACAUCUAACUGCCUUUGUUUAUUAUAAUUUAAUAAAAAAAAUUCAAAUAGGUUUAAACUUAAUUUUUGUUUCUUUUGUGACGUUCACUGAAUUGAUUGUUUAUUUGCCUUUAUAUUAUACGUUCUGUUCUGACAAUUUGAAGAUUAUUAUAAAUAAAAAAUUACAAAAUUAUCUAUAUUGAAAUUUUAGAACGUUUUUCAUUUAUGAAUAUAUUAAUUCAUAAAAAAUCCUUAAAACAAAACCUUAACUGAUGCACAAAAAUAGAAAUAUUUGUGUUGGGACAUUUUUCUAACUGUAUUAAUGUGAUGGAGUCGCCUCAGUAUUUAUCUGGUAGAUCUAAGGUUAAUUUUAAAGCAUCAAAUGACCACUUUGAAACCCCUUUUUUAUUUUAUUUUAAAAAUCAUCCUAUUAAAUCCUUCAAGCUGCA